UUCGCGGGGUUUAUUUCUUAAUAAUUAUCAUUGUUUGAUAUUUUACAAGAAAAGCGUUUAUAUUAUCAAGCAAAUCACUGGAAAUUUAUUAUAUUUCAUAUAAGAUUACAUUAAUAUCUUGUUAUAAUGCUUCACGUCUACUUUUGAUAAGGAACUUUUACGAUAUUAUAAGAUGCCUAAAGGUUUGAGCUUGAAGAAGGUGCAGUCUCAAGGGACUAAUAAUCAAAAGUCUAUCACGCAAUUUUUCAAAGUUCCACCUAAGGGAAAGAAAUCUUCAGACACUUUUGAUGAAAUUAAAUUGGGAAAACGCAAAGCAUCAUCUCCUGCGCAAGAAGAACGUCAUAACUUGAAAAAUUCACCAGUAAAAGAAAACUUAGAUUUUCAUAUUUUUAAGAAGUGUAAAGUGGAUCAAAAUACAAAAAAUGAGGAAUCCAUAUUGGAAGAAUAUAUGUGCAAAGAAAGUAGUAUCAAACGAAAUGAUGCACAAGAGAGCAGUGAUGACUGUGCCAUAGGCUUUCAAAAUAUCCCAAAUAGUAUUAAAACCAAGAAUAGAUCACCUCUAUCAAACAUUGACCAUGGAAUACUCAAAAAUGCUAAAAGUAUAUCGCCUGACAAAGUGGUUUCCAAUGGAAAUGACUAUGAAAUGAGUAAACCAAUUAAAGUUUUAAGAACACCUGAAAAGAUCCACAAAAGCUCAAAAAAAUCAUGCAGUCCAAAUUCCUCAAUAAACAAAAGUCUAACAAAUAGUGUAGGAUCACCAAGCUUUAAAGAAUUUCCACUGCAAUUAAAUGAGUGUUCACCAUCAAAAUGUGGUUCUACUGUAAGAGUGUUGGAGUUUGAACAAAAUGGUAGCAAUGUUGAUGAUCUGUUUGAUGAAGAAUGGGGGAUUGAGGAAACUGAUGAGGACUGUAAAGAAGAUUUGGAUUUAAGUAGUAUGCAGCGCUGUGAAAUUUUGUCAGUAGCAUCUCAUCCCAUGAAAUUGGAACUAAGAUUAAAAAAUGAUUUAGAUAAUAGAUGUACUUGUUUUGUGGAAGGUGUUUGGAUCAACACGCCUCUGAAACCUGGCGAAAUAGUGAGCAUAUUAGCGCGUAAGAAUGAAAUGGGACAAUUUACUAUAAAUAAUACCUACGGAUUAUUGUCCCUGAGACCAGAUCAUCUCAUAUCAACAACAAGUGUAGUUGCUGGAGUGUUUUGCAAGAGGAAAGCUGUACUUCAAGAACGCUGGAAGGGCAUUGACUCUGCUAACACUGCAAUGACAAUAGGAAUUCUAAUACAUGAAUUAGUGCAAAAAGCAUUAACACAACAUAUUGCAAAGGUGACGGAUUUAAGAGCUAUAUGUGAUGAAUUAAUAAAGCAAUCUACACACAUGCUCUAUGACGCUGGUAUAUGUGAAAAAGAAGCACGCAAUAAUAUGGAAAUGUAUAUAACACCAUUAGCUGAUUUUAUGCAGUUGUAUAUGAGUAAAAAUCAAUUGCAGGAUAACAAGAAAGCCAAAUGGAAUGGUCAUAUAGAUGAGGUUUUGGAUAUAGAAGAAAAUGUCUGCUGUCCUAAAUUGGGUCUAAAAGGAAAAAUAGAUGUCACUCUUCAAGUGACUAUUCAUGAGAGAUCAGGGAAGAAACGUGAAAUAAUGCCAUUGGAAUUAAAAAGUGGGAGGGCGUCAGGUUCCGCCGAGCAUAGAGGCCAACUCGUGUUGUAUGGGAUGAUGUUGAGUUUGCAGCGGAAAGAAGAUCCAAUUGUCACUUUGCAGCGAGGCCUAUUAUUGUAUUUAAAAGAACAAGUGGACGUAAGAGAAGUGAGUUGCGGGUAUCCAGAAAGGCGCGAUCUCAUAAUGUUACGAAAUGAGCUCGUACAACAUUUAGCGGCCGGACCGAACGAUACGAAAACAGAUGAAUUGUUAGAUAUAGAAGACGCAUCUAAGGUUCUUCAGCAAUCUCUACCGGAUCCUGUUCAUCACGAGGGUGCAUGCACGAAAUGCCCUUAUUUGACGCUUUGCUCUAUACAUUUAUGGCAUACCAACGACGUAAAAGUCUCAGAAUCACAUCCCUUAACCAAACUAAGAAAUAUCGCUCUUGGGCAUUUGGAAUCGACGCAUGUCACUUACUUCCUGCACUGGACCAGUUUGUUAAAGCUAGAAGAAAAAGCACAAAUAUCCAAUUCUCCUUUACAUUCUCUGUGGACGGAUGGUGUUGAGAAACGAGCGAAGCGAGGUGCGUGCGCAGCGAAUUUGACAUUGCAAUCAGUGAAAUUAUUGGAGGACAGAUAUGCACAUGUUUUUGAACGAACGACAGCCGGAGAAAUUACGUCCGCAAAGACAAAUGAUGGACCAAAAGAGGGUGAAUUUUCCAUAGUAAGCAUCGAUGACAGACCAUGGAUUGCCGCCGGAGUUGUCAGUGUGGCUAACCAGAAAGAAAUACAUAUAGUUUUAGAAAGGAACCUUGGUUUGCGCCUCAGUAAGGCAACGAAGUUUCAUAUAGACACGUAUGAAUCACACGCGACUACGGUACAGAACCUUACCAAUUUAGGAGUUCUAAUGGAAGAUAGCGACAGAGCAUUGCGAUUAAGAAAGCUUAUAAUCGACAAAGAACCGCCAGUUUUUACGCAAAAAUUACCUCGCGAAGUUGGCAGACUCGGGUCGAAAUUAAUGCGCGGCUUGAACAUCGAACAACAACGCGCUGUGUUGAAGGCCCUCGCUGCUAACGACUAUGCUUUGCUCCAGGGAUUGCCUGGAACAGGUAAAACGCAAACAAUCAGCGUCCUCAUACAAAUGUUAGUGGCGCUAAAACAACGUGUGUUGGUCACUGCGCACACUCAUUCCGCUGUCGAUACCGUUUUAACAAGGUUACCAGAAUCUGUACGUGUGAUGCGGUUAGGUUCAGCGUCUCGUGUCUCACACAAACUACUGGAUAAAACGGAAACCACACUAACAAAAACCUGCACGACAUCUGAAGAACUAGCCAAAAUUUAUGAUUCUAUGGAAGUGAUAGGGGUGACAUGUUUGGGCGCAAACCACGCGUUACUCUCCAAGACUACGUUUGAUGUUUGUAUCGUCGACGAAGCUACGCAGGUGCUACAAUGCACAGUCCUGCGGCCGCUGUUUGCCGCAAAGCGUUUCGUGCUGGUCGGCGAUCCCGAACAACUACCGCCCGUUGUAAAAAGCAAACCCGCCAGGCGCCUCGGCAUGGAAGAGAGUCUAUUCCAUAGACUGAUGAGCGAAGAAUCUACGAGUACACUCCGGCUGCAAUACCGUAUGAAUCAAGCGCUCGUCGACAUUGCUAAUAAAGUGGCGUACAACCAAAGACUCAAGUGUGCAAACCAGAGUGUUGCUGAGUCCAAAAUGAACAUAGAUAUAAAUAAAAUAUCAAAUAGUAUGCCUUGGAUUAAAACUGCCUGUAGUGUGGAAAAUGAUGAUGUUGCAAUAUUUUUCAACAUGGAAGCGACUAAAAUAGAACAAGGUCAUAAAGUGCUUACAAAUAUUGAUGAAGCUUGCGUUGUCUAUGGGCUGGUUGAAGCCCUCACUGAGGGUGGUGUAAAAACCUCAGAUAUAGGCGUCAUAGCGCCGUACAGAGAUCAAGUAUCCCUAUUACAUAGAAGUCUCACUUCGUUCAAGAUAGAGGUCAGCACUGUCGACCAGUUUCAAGGGAGGGACAAGUCGGUUAUAAUAUAUUCGUGCACAAAACGAGAAUCGCGAGAUGAUAAAGUUAAGGACGGAGAAGUUCUGAAUGACCAACGUCGUUUGGCCGUAAGUGUGACACGAGCGAAACACAAAUUUAUAGCAAUCGGCAAUCAAAGAGUUCUCAGAAGAUAUAAACCACUUUCGCAAUUAAUAGAUGCGUGUAAAGUUAUCCAGUUGGAACAAACUGUUGUUGUUAAUUUGUUAGUUAAAUAUAAAGACUGUGUUAAGUAAUGUUAUUUUUUAAAUCAUGUUUUUUUUUUAAUAAGUAUAUAAAUAGAUAUAGCGUUUAUACCAUUUAAGACGAUGUCGUACUGUUGUUUGUAAUAAAAAUCUUCUGCCGUUAGUAAUAGUUGUAUGAAACGUUACAUUUAGUAAUAUGAAAUUAUGUGUGAUGAUAAUAUUGUGAAAAAUAAUGAUAGAG